CAUGCAAGUGAAACUAUUUGCAACGAAGCACGACGUAAGGCUGUAGAGGAAGAAACCAGACGUAAGGCAGAAGAGGAGGAAGAAGCCAGACGCAAGGCUGAACAAGAGGCUAGACGCAAGGCUGAAGAAGAGGAAGCCAGACGCAAGGCUGAAGAGGAAGAGGCUAGACGCAAAGCUGAAGAAGAAGCUAGACGCAAAGCUGAAGAAGAGGCCAGACGCAAGGCUGAAGAGGAAGAAGAGGCUAGACGCAAAGCUGAAGAAGAGGAAGAGGCUGAACGCAAGGCUGUAGAAGAAAUGCACAGCGGUGCAUUGAAACAAAAAACCGUAUCAGUAAAUUUGCUCUCUGAUAUCUGUGAAUCUGUUUUGUCCGAUGCACUUGUUCAUGCAAGUGAAACUAUUUGCAACGAAGCACGACGUAAGGCUGUAGAGGAAGAAACCAGACGNGCUGUAGAAGAAAUGCACAGCGGUGCAUUGAAACAAAAGGCUGUAACAGCAAAUUUGCUCUCUGAUAUCUGUGAAUCUGUUUUUUCCGAUGCACUUGUUCUUGCAAGUAAAACUAUUUGCAACGAAGCACGACGUAAGGCUGUAGAGGAAGAAACCAGACGUAAGGCAGAAGAAGAGGAAGAAGCCAGACGCAAGGCUGAACAAGAGGCUAGACGCAAGGCAGAAGAGGAGGAAGAAGCCAGACGCAAGGCUGAACAAGAGGCUAGACGCAAGGCUGAAGAAGAGGAAGCCAGACGCAAGGCUGAAGAAGAGGAAGAAGCUAGACGCAAAGCUGAAGAAGAGGCCAGACGCAAGGCUGAAGAGGAAGAAGAGGCUAGACGCAAAGCUGAAGAAGAGGCUAGACGCAAAGCUGAAGAAGAGGAAGAGGCCGAACGCAAGGCUGUAGAAGAAAUGCACAGCGGUGCAUUGAAACAAAAGGCUGUAACAGUAAAUUUGCUCUCUGAUAUCUGUGAAUCUGUUUUGUCCGAUGCAUUUGCUCAAGCAAGUGAAGCUAUUUGCAAUGAAGCACGACGUAAGGCUGUAGAGGAAGAAACCAGACGCAAGGCAGAAGAAGAAGAAGAAGAAGCCAGACGCAAGGCUGAAGAAGAGGAAGAAGCCAGGCGCAAGGCUGAACAAGAGGAAGAAGCCAGGCGCAAGGCAGAAGAAGAAGAAGAAGCCAGACGCAAGGCUGAACAAGAGGAAGAAGCCAGACGCAAGGCUGAAGAAGAAGAAGAAGCCAGGCGCAAGGCUGAACAAGAGGAAGAAGCCAGACGCAAGGCUGAAGAGGAAGAAGAGGCUAGACGCAAAGCUGAAGAAGAGGCUAGACGCAAGGCUGAAGAGGAAGAAGCUGAACAUAAAGAGGAAGAGAAAAACAAUAGAUAUAGGUUUGUAGAAGGUGAAGAUAAGUGCAAAAAUAAGGAUGAGGGAUUCUUAGGAGGUGUGGAUGGGGUUAUUCGUUCUUCGUAUGAGGAUCCGUUCUCUAUUCUCGAAUCUUUUGAUGGUGCUGCUGGCUGUGGUGAUUCGUGCAUGGCUCAUACGUGUAAACCUCCUCAUGUUGGUGUUGUUGAUCGUUCUCUCUGUCGUGAUGCAUUAAAUAAGCAAAAACAGGUUUUCGAUGCUUGUGAGGUGUUGGUUUCUGAAUGGAUUCGGGCUUCUUUCGAUCUUGUUGAGGGAAAGAAUACUCUUGGUGGUGUAAAUAGGGUUCCUAAUCUUGAUGCUGUUAGUUCUGCUUCUUCUGAUGUGUAUAAUAAUGUAGCUACGUCUUGUGUUGUUUCAUCUGGUAAUGAAUCUUCUGUGAUUUCUACAAAGGAUAAUAGUGUACUGGUUACUGGGAAUUCGAGAGAUGUCUCUUUGACUGAAUCUAAACCUAGUUUUGCGACAAAUGUUAGUGGAUCUUUUGCCUUGACGACUGGUCAGGGUAAUAAUACUAAUGUUGUUGAGACAGUUAAAGUUAAUCCUCCUGUUGAUUAUUCGUUGUCCGUUUCAUCCGAUGGUUUGCGUAUCUCCCCCGAAAAACUGCCUGUAUUGUGUGUGGCUCCUGGUACUAACAAGAAUAUGAGUAGUAUCAGUGCCAUCGAAGAGGCAGUGACAGGGUAUGUCGUGGAGAUGGCUGGUGCUGCUGUUGAAGCAUUAGGUGAUCCUAGUGCACUUUCAUAUGCCAAUAUUGAAAUGAUACUGAGACAAGGUAUUUUUGAUGCUGCAUCUGCUGCCACUGGAAAUCCCAGUGACCUCACAGAAGAGUGGCGUGCGGGUCUGCGAGCUCUUGCAGAACGAAUCGCCUCUGAUUACGUCUAUUUUGCGUGGAAGCUGAAACUAAGAAAAUUGGAUGAAUGUCUAUGGCACACAGAGGCGUUUUAUACACCAGAGGAGAUUGCUGAGCGUGCUGUCGAAGUUGUAUCACCGAGGUACUCCUUUGAGAGUUUGCAGUGCAGUGAUGUACAAUUCUUGACAAACCAUUAUGUUGAGCUGGCGCGCAAAGGUGGCCUUAAUGAAUCUAUCUACACUGAGGCUAGGCUCCGCGAAAAUCUUUUUGAACGACGGGUUGAUGCUGCUGCUUCACCAGUGUUACCGUUUUCACCUACAAGCCCCAGUAACAGGAAUAACAGGAGUGGUGGGGGACGCAGUAUGUUAACCGUUGAUCGCCGACGCGCGGGGCUCACACAGUUAGUACUGGGACAUGCACUGGACAAUAUACUGGAAGAUAUAGUAGCUGACACCACUAAAUGGAUUGCAUCUCUUGUCACCAAGUAG